AUGGACGACGAGCGUGCCAUAUCAAUUAUCGCGUCCGUGAUUAAUUCGGGUGACACGGAAAUAAUUGGUGAGUUUAAAAGGGGAGUCGGAGAACUAGCCGACGCGAUCCUCCACUCGGAGGCGUACCGUCGACGAUUGGAGGUAUGCAACGGAAUCCAGAAUACCUCGGAGGUAUGGCAUUGUGAUCAGUGGGGAAGCGUGCUCAAGAUGUUGUCCGCCGGGGGUACAAACGCGGUACAAAUUGGUUCUUCGGCCGUACGUCCAUUGUCCGGGUCCGCAGGCCUGUCGUCGACGAGGCCAGUCCCUCUCGCCGUGGCUGCAGUCGAGAUCGAGAAGAGACCGGUUGCAGUCAAGGUCCACCCAAAUAAAUCUGUGGACGCGGCGGUCUCGGCCAAGGUCACCAAGUUCAAGGCCCAGAGUGCGAAGGCGAGGGCCGAUGCUGAGAAAACGUUGGCCGCACUGGUGUCUGCUUCAGAGAUGGUCUCAGCUUCGACCAAGGGGUCUGCGGGCGGUGCGGCUCCGGCCGUCCCGACAGCAGCUCAGGUCGUCAGGGCGUCCCGGAUUCCCGUUCGAACCAAGACGGUCGCGGACGUUUUGGAGGCCCCGAAGUACCCCUCUGGGGUGCCUCUGCCAAACAUCACCUCAACAAAAACGGUAGCCACACCGAACAAGGACGGGGCUGCAUUGUCGAACAACCACCAAGUACUAUCAAAACCAGAGAGACUGCCGCCAAGAAAGGUUGUUUCGCCACAGGACACCGCUGCACUACAGGCUGUGACCCAGGCGCCGGUCGACGCUGUGAUUGCGUCCGAGGAUGUGACAACAACCGAGGAUGUGCCUGCGCCUGCUCAAAAAAGGAUCUCGGGGAAGAUUGAGCGGCUUCUGCGGUGGGACAAGAAGCUGCAAUACAACCCCCUCUUGCCUUCUCACGCACCUGUAGUGGAGCGACAGACGUGCGUAGUGGUCAACAACCACCUAUGUCACAUAUUGUCCGAAGCAGUCACAGAGAAAGUUCCACUCUCCAAAAACUUCGUGGUGAGAUCGGUCACCACCUUAGCGGCGAAGGAUCCGGAUGGGCCAGUACCGCGCACGAUGGUGCUCUCGUCGUUUGCCCUGGAAUGGGUCAAAUCCACAUGGCUUCAAAAGAAGGUACAAAAUACCGCAACUACCGAAUGGAGACGGAGUCUCAACUCCACCAGAACCAACCUAGCCGAGACCACCCCUUCAUGA